UUGGUACGAACGAUAAUGGAAACUGGGGCGCACCACCCCAGUAGGCCUGGGGACAACCGAGUCGUCGAGUUCCAUCGGGCGGCCGCAACAGAACGUGAAAGAACAGCGAAAGGUCCCAUCAAAAGCUUGCUGAAAUCUUGCAGAAUCUCUCGUGCUUUGUGCUCCCGGUGUUCGAUGGCGGGCCUUAAUGGUGUCCUCUCAGUUUCCCUUUAUAUGAACGCUUUCCCUGAGGAAGAAUCUACGCAGAGAAGAAAAAGAAAAUAACGAGACAGGAAUCCUUUUAUUCUUUGUGAUCUUCCUGAUUUCCUUUUCUCCGAGUGCGUGGUUUUUGGUCUGCGGUGAAGAGAAGAGCUCAAAUUGCAUUCUCAGAAUUAGCCUUUGCAGGUUGUCCAUGGAUUCAAGCCGCGGCAAGAAUUGUGAGAGUGGUGAUGCUGAGCUAUCGCCAACAGAACCUCCUGCAUCCGCUGAGAAAAAUGAAAUCGUGCCGCUCUCGGGAAAACCAUUCCUCACUUUCGUGGUUUCAUGGAGUCAUGUGCAUGACCCUUACCAAGUAUUGUUUCCGAAGAGGUUUUAUCCAUUUCUUCCAGCCACUUGUGUCCCUGUAACACUGUCCUACGGGAAUAGGACAUGGAAGAUGAAGUAUAGCUGCAAAGGGAUCCUGAGGCGACUGUGCUCUGGGUGGAAGAACUUUGCCUUGGAUACUGAUCUCAAGGUUGGAGAUGGUUGUGUCUUGGAACUCAUGGACAGUAAUAAUAUACUGUUCAAAGUGCAGAUCCUUCGUCGGGGAGUCGUGCCGGUUAAGCGCGACAAAGGUCUGAGCUGUGAUGCUCCGAUCUCGAUCGACUAGAAAGAUACGCUGUGAUGCUCCGAUGUCGUAAGCUUAAGCUUAUCUUGUGAAUAGAAGAUGCGUCAGACGUGCUUCCUCUCUCCCUCGCUCUCUCAUGGUUGACAUGUAUGCUGCAUGGGUUGACAUUUGGGUUCGUGACUGGGCCGCCACAUGAACUUGAAUCUAAUGGGCCCCACACGAGGCCCAGCCUUCCAUCGAUUACCUCACGAAAGAAACCGGCGCCCACAAUUUCCAUUAUCCA